AUGGGUUCAUACGCGAGCGGAGCAAUCCACGACUGGAAAGGCUGCAGUGAUGAAAUCGUGAAGGUGCUCUCACAGCAAGAUGAAUUUGAAAUUACGAGAGUCGAGGAAGACCUGGAUGCUCUCGUUUCACCGAACUUAGAUCCGUACGAUCUCAUUGUUUUCUAUUACACAGUUGGCGAGAUUUCGGACGCACAGAAGAACGGUUUGCUCAACCACGUCGCUUCAGGCAAAGGAUAUGUCGGCGUGCAUUCGGCAGCAGAUUCAUUUCGUGGGUGUCCGGAGUACCGCUCAAUGGUAGGUGGCUAUUUCGUUACACAUCCGCGCUACCGCGAUUAUCAGGUUAGCAUCGUCGAUAGUGAGCACGAGAUCACAGAAGGACUUGACGAGUUUGUCGUGACGGAUGAGCAGUAUAUCCUCGAUUACGAUCCCCGGAACCACGUACUCGCAUCAGCGUUAUGGAAAGGCAACGCCGCACCGGUCGCAUGGACAAAAAAUUGGGGCGAAGGCAAAGUGUUUUAUCUCGCGCUCGGUCAUGACGCAUCGGCGUGUAAGCACGAGAUGUUUGAAACGCUCCUGCAACGUGGUGCUCUCUGGGCAGGUAGCAACGGCGGCGAAUAA